GCGCUAGGACCCCGCAGGCCCGGGCGGCCCGAGCAGCUGGGACCCCUACUCCCGGCGCCAUGUGAGGGGGUUCGGGAGCCGCGGGGGGCCGGGCGCUCCCCGGCGGAGAUGAGGAGGCUGAGGCUCAGAGAGGUCCCAUGGCUUGCGCGAGGCCCCCCAGCCAGUGUGACCCCACAUCCCUGCCCCCUGGGCCACCUGCAGGACGCUGGCCCCUACCCCUCAGCAGACGUCGGAGAGAGAUGAGUAGCAAGAAAGAGCAGCGGUCAGCAGUGUUCGUGGUCCUCUUUGCCCUCAUCACCAUCCUCAUCCUCUACAGCUCUAACAGUGCCAACGAGGUCUUCCACUACGGCUCUCUGCGGGGCCACACGCGACAGCCCAUCAACCUGAAGAAGUGGAGCAUAACCAAUGGCUACGUUCCUAUCCUCGGCAACAAAACGCUGCCCUCCCGGUGCAACCAGUGUGUGAUCGUCACCAGCUCUAGCCACCUGCUGGGCACCAAGCUGGGCCCUGAGAUUGAGCGGGCUGAGUGUGCCAUCCGCAUGAACGACGCACCCACCACAGGCUACUCUGCCGACGUGGGCAACAAAACCACCUUCCGCAUCGUGGCCCAUUCCAGUGUGUUCCAUGUGCUGCGGAGGCCCCAGGAAUUUGUCAACCGGACCCCAGAAACAGUGUUCAUUUUCUGGGGUCCCCCAAGCAAGAUGCAGAAGCCCCAGGGCAGCCUCGUGCGCGUUAUCCAGCGGGCGGGCCUCGCCUUCCCCAACCUGGAGGCCUACGCCGUCUCUCCCGUCCGCAUGCAGCAGUUUGACGACCUCUUCCGGGGUGAGACGGGCAAGGACAGGGCCAAAUCUCAUUCGUGGUUGAGCACUGGCUGGUUUACCAUGGUGAUUGCGGUGGAGUUGUGUGAUCACGUUCACGUCUAUGGCAUGGUCCCUCCUGACUACUGCAGCCAGCGGCCCCGCCUCCAGCGCAUGCCCUACCACUACUAUGAGCCCAAGGGGCCGGAUGAGUGUGUCACCUACAUCCAGAAUGAACACAGCCGCAAGGGCAACCACCACCGCUUCAUCACCGAGAAGAGGGUCUUCUCCUCGUGGGCGCAACUGUAUGGCAUCACCUUCUCCCACCCUUCCUGGACCUAGCCUCCUUGUCGGUGUGACCUUGAAUGGGGGAAAAAUGGCCCUGGGCCCAAACCACUUGACCGUGGCCGUCUUCUGACCAAUGCAGGCUGGCUGGAAUGCUUCCUGUCCAAUCAGGGCCUUGAUGAGGGUGUGUCCUCCUGCCAAAGGGCUGGGGAUGUCUCUUGACCAAUCAGGGAUUUGAGAUUCUGUGUGGUUAUUCAGGUGUUGGGUUUUUCUUGUCCAGUCAGGGUCUGCGCAUAGUCAAUCAGGGUAUAGGGGUCUUUCUGAGUCAAUUGGAGGUUAAGGACAUGUCCUUUCCCAUGAGGCCUUGGUUCAGAGCCCCAGGAAUGAACCUCAUAAUCAUUCUCUCCUUAUCAGGGACAGUGGGGUCCUGUCCCAAGGAGCUGAGGACAUGGUAUUGUCCAUUCAUUCCCAGCAUCAGAGAUUGUGUGGGAUCAGAGCUGUCUGUCAGGAGGCAGGGCUGCAGAGUGUAGAGGCCCAGGAGGCCAGAGUCACAUGUCCAGGUCUCAGCUUCUUCCUGAGUAACCUUGGACAAGCCCCUCCAUCUUCCUGGACCCCUCUGUCCGUGGCAGGUUCUGGUGUGGAGUAGGAGAUCCUUCCACACCACUCCCGUGGCCCCUAAGUAUGGAUCCCCCAGCCACCAUCCCUUGCUGGGGGACUCAUCUCCCUGAGUGGGGACUGAGGUGCCCUUCCCCACCUCUGGAAAAUUUUAGGGUAGUUUUGGGUAAAUGUCCCUAGGGUUGGGGGACCCUUGACAGAAAGGAAACAAACCUUAAGCUGUUUUCUCAGCCCAGUUGCCAUUAGUCUGGACCUUGAAAGACCAGGCCUUUCUUCAGAACUGUCCAGCAGUAUGGGACUUCCCCUACCCAGGAGUCUUUGGGGGCUGAGGAAGGGGGAUCCCAGGCACACGGGAGUAGACUGGAGAUGUGGAGGGCUUGGGGAGGAGAUGUCUCCCCUGUGCUGGGCGUGGGAUAGGUGUAGGGAGCCAGGGGUUGGGUCACCUGGGUUCUGUCCCUUGCUCGGGCACUUUAAUAAGCUGGGGCUCGAUGGGGUGUGUACUGUCUGCCCUUCCUCAGCCUGCAAGGGAAGGGCUUCUAACAGGAGGCUGUGGAAUGGGAGGGAUCAGUAGAGGCCAGCUCUGAGCCCUCGCACACUGGGGCGAUGUGUGGGGGGCAGUGAGAGCCCCCCGAGGCUGGUUUUGUAAUGAUUUGUACAGGAAUAAACACACCUGUGCCCCA